AUGUUCUCUCUCAAUUCAACCCAUUCGGGAAGGGCAACUAUUAUCGACAACUCUUCUAGGUAUAUCAAACCCGGUGAGAUAUUGCUUGUUCUUGGAAAUCCAGGAGCCGGAUACACAACACUACUUAGCGUUCUAUCAAACCACCGAAAUAGCUUCGCAGAAAUUACUGGCGACGUCUCGUUCGGUUCUAUAACUAGUCAAGAAGCCAAGCAAUAUCGUGGUCAGAUCAUCAUGAACACAGAAGAGGAGAUCUUCUUUCCAGAUCUUUCAGUUAGUGACACCAUCGACUUCGCUACACGUUUGAAGGUGCCCUUCCACCUGCCACCGGACAUCAAGAACAAGGAGGAGUACGCCCAAAUAUACAAAGAAUUCCUCUUAAAGUCUCUCGGUAUUACUCACACAAAAGAUACUAAGGUCGGAGAUAAGUUCAUUCGUAGCGUUUCGGGUAGCGAGCGCAAGCGAGUAUCUAUUCUCGAAUACCUUGCGACUAGAGGCAGCUUCGACAAGAUUCUAAUUCUCGACAGCGGCAAGCAGAUCUUUUACGGACCUCGAGAUAAAGCUGUGCUAUACAUAGAGGAUCUUGGCUUCCUAUACGACCCUGCAGCUAACAAGUCAGACUUCCUCACGAGCAAUACGGGGGACUUCAAGGAACAGGAGGCCCAAGACAAGCACAAGAACCUCCUAAAGAAAGCUACGGAAUCCGCAGGAUAUUUCUAUCAGGGCGACAAGAAAACUCUAUUUAUUAAGCAAGCCACAACUAUCGUUCAGGCGUUGAUCGGUGGCUCGCUCUUCUAUAAUACUCCAGACAACACGGCGGGCUUGUUCAUUAAGGGAGGCUCACUCUUCUUCUCUCUACUAUAUCCUACCUUCAUCGCUCUCGCCGAGGUUACGGAUUCGUUCGUCGGCCGACCCGUCUUAGCCAAACACCGAGACUUCGCUCUCCACUAUCUAUCUACCUUUGUCUUCGCCCAGGUCAUUACCAAUAUCCCGAUUAUGCUCUUCCAAAUCUCGCACUUUGGAAUUCUUAUUAACUUGAUCUCGGCCCUGGCUAUAACACAGCUAUUCAAGUUCAUUAGUACCGCUUUCCCGAAUUUCGACGCAGCAACUAAAGCUUCUGGAUUCACUAUCGUCGCUGCCUUCACAUAUACAGGAUACAUAAUUUCCAAGCCCGACAUAUACCCUUGGUUCAUCAACCCUAUAGCCUACGCGUUUGAAGCAUUGCUCGCGAACGAGUUCCACAACCAGGUGAUUCCUUGUGUGGGCCUAUUCCUAGUUCCAAAUAGCGAAGGAUACAGCCCCGAAACAGGAGGCGGACAAGCAUAUACCGGCGUCCGUGGUGCGCCUCCUGGAGCAACCAGCAAGAAUCCGACUUAUACCGUCAAGACGCCGUAUAGCGAUCGUGUUCUUCUCGACAACGUUCAAGGAUUUGUCAAGCCCGGUACACUCGGCGCUCUUAUAGGAUCUUUAGGUGCCGGAAAGACUACAUUGCUCGACGUUCUAGCUCAACGCAAGACUAACGGUGCUAUUCAUAGCUCCGUUCUAGUUAAUAGUCGCCCGCUCCCUGUGUCCUUCCAACGAUCUGCCGGCUACGUCGAACAGAUAGAUAUCCACGAGUCAUUGUCCACGGUGCGCGAGGCUUUAGAAUUCUCUACUCUUCUUCGUCAGAAUCGUGAAAUUCCCCGCGAGGAGAAGCUCCGCUACGUAGACACGAUCGUCAAACUUCUACAGUUAGAAGAUCUCGAGCACACUCUCAUCGGUCGCCCUAGUACCGGUCUUUCUGUCGAACAGCGCAAGCGUCUCACAAUUAGUGUUGAGCUCGUAGCUAAGCCUAGUAUUUUAAUCUUCCUCGACGAACCUACUUCUAGUCUCGAUAGCCAAGCUGCAAACAACACGCUAUCGGCCGACCUCUUUGCCCAAUUCGACACCCUCCUCCUACUAGCGAAGGGUGGCAAGACCGUAUACUUUGGCGAUAUCGGCCAUUAUACAAGGACCGUCAAGAAAUACUUCGCUAAUCAUAGCGCACCGUGCCCCCAAGAGGCUAACCCUGCUAAGCACAUGAUUAAAGUCGUAUCAGGAAGUCUUUCUAAGGAGCUUGACACUCUUGUCGCCGAUACCGCCGCCGAACCGCCUGGAACUGAGCAGGUAAAGCUUGUUACGCACCGUAUAAACAUCUCCUUGUUCCGUAACACCGAGUACAUCAACAACAAGCUCAUCUUGCAUAUACUCCUAUCUCUUUACAACGGCUUUUCGUUCUAUUUCCUGUUUAUCGCCCCUAGUCUCAUCUCCCAGCUUCAGCCUAUCCUCAUCGAUCGUCGCAACGUAUAUAAGACGCGCGAGAAGAAGAGAAGCACAUUCUUCGUCGCAAUAUUUUACGAGAUGUUGUAUACCGGUAUUAGACAAUCGAUCGCCGCGUACGCUCCUAACGCAACCUUUACAUCUCUCGUCAACCCGCUAGUCAUCACCACCCUCGUAUUAUUCUACGGCUCUACUACCUCGAUCCUUUUAACUACCUCUUCGGCGCCUUCCUUACCUUCACCACCUUCUCCGUCGAUAUCACUUGUGAACGGGCAAGGUAUAGGACGUGGCACGAACCUUUUGAACCCAGGCGCUACGGAGAACUGCGAGGUGUGCCGAUACACUACUGGACAAGACUACUUGAAGACACUCAACUUGAACGAAGAGUACUACGGCUGGAGGAAUGCCGGGCUAGUUGUAUUGUGGGCUGGAGUGUUCUACGCCCUGGUGUUCUUGAUGAUGAAGCUGCGAACUAAGGCGACGAAGAGGGCAUCUACGUAG